AUGUCUGGCUUAGAGAGUGCACUGGAACCUGGAAAGUCAAUCACAGAAGGAGGGUGCAUUCCAGUGACUCCAGGUGAAAUAAGUGAGCUAAUGUAAAAGCCUCUGCCAGGGGAGUGGGGGUAGAGGAGCAGAGAUGAAGAGUGUGAACACAUCAUUGCUGGCAUUGACCAACUCGUCACUGUCGAGAUUGCAGCUCCAUUCGCUGGCAAUAUGGACACAGUCCAGUACCCAACCUACUGCACCGUGAUUGGCUACCCCGCUGACCUGGCCACCAUCAAGCUCAGACUAAGUCACAGGUUCUACAGGCACUCGUCAGCAUUGAUAUGGGAUGCCAAGUACAUCACCCGCAAUGCCCGCACCUUUAAUGAGCCAAGAAGCAAGAUUGCCCAUUCAGCAAAAAUUAUCACCAAUGUCCUCCAAAAGUUUGUUAAUGACCCAAACUGCACAGUCAUCAUGGAGACUUACAAUGCAGUAGAAGAAAUUGAUGAUGAUGAAGAUGAUGAUGAGGUACAGACACCAGGCACCUCCUCCACACACAGACUAUAUUACUUUGAUAUCAUUGACACCCCAAUGGACUUUGGCACUGCGCAGAGGACCAUUGAGGAUGACCACUACGAGAACCCUAUUGAGUUCUGCAAAGACACCCAGCUGAUAUUCAACAAUGCUAAAGCCUACACUCCCAACAAAUGCUCCAAGAUUUACAGCAUGACCUUGCAAUUCUCUGCCUUCUUUGAAGACCAAAUAAGAACAAUCAUAUCAGAGUACAAAAGCGCUGUUAAGAGCAGUGAUUGGCUCCGCUGUAGCCAGAGGUUCCGAAAGAAAAUACAGCAGGUGGCACCCCUGCCUCCCAACACCAACAACACAAGUCAAAAAAGGGCUGCUGUCAAAACUCAGGAAAAAGUCGAGUCCAUGUCAGUGACCAAAUCUACCUCAACCAAAGUGUGCCCACCUGAAAAAGCCAAGAGGAGCAGAAGCAGACUCUCAGGUCACACCUCCUCCAAGGACUUGUCAGACUCCAAAGCUGCUUCAUCAACACCAGAGUCUGAGAGUAAUACUGAGGGGCCAUUGAGUGAGUCUGAGGAGAAACGACCAGGAUCCUUAAGGCAGCAUCGAAGCAAAGAGCCCAGGAGGAAAGCAAGAGCAACAUGCUAUAAUGGGACCAAGAAGAGCAAAAAAGUUGCUGAGAGUGACAGUGAAGAAGAGGAGGAUGGAUACUCUAGUGAGGGGGAAGACAGUGAAGAAGAGGUCAUCCCACUCCUCAUUUCUUUGUUACUCUAG